AUGCCCGCGCCUGGCCGGGACCCCCGAGGGCCACCGCUGAACAUGCCCGGGCGCCGGGGGGCGCUGCGUGAGCCAGCCGACUUUGGCUCCAGCUUGGGGGCGGCGCUGGCCCUGUUGUUGCUGCUGCUACCCGCCUGCUGCCCUGUGAGGGCUCAGAACGACACGGAGCCCAUCGUGCUAGAGGGCAAGUGCCUGGUGGUGUGCGACUCCAGCCCAUCGGGGGACGGUGCCGUCACCUCUUCCCUGGGCAUAUCUGUGCGCUCAGGCAGUGCCAAGGUGGCCUUCUCCGCUACUAGGAGUACCAACCAUGAGCCGUCAGAGAUGAGCAACCGUACCAUGACCAUCUACUUCGACCAGGUUUUAGUAAACAUCGGCAACCACUUCGACCUUGCCUCCAGUAUAUUUGUAGCACCACGAAAAGGGAUCUAUAGCUUCAGCUUUCACGUGGUCAAAGUGUACAACAGACAAACAAUCCAGGUCAGUUUAAUGCAGAAUGGCUACCCGGUGAUCUCCGCGUUCGCAGGAGACCAGGAUGUUACCAGGGAAGCAGCCAGCAAUGGCGUUCUGUUGCUUAUGGAAAGAGAAGACAAAGUUCAUCUCAAACUGGAGAGAGGGAACCUCAUGGGAGGCUGGAAAUACUCCACAUUCUCGGGCUUCUUGGUGUUUCCUCUAUAGACAUGCAGCCACCCUGACAGUGGGGAGGUUUUGAUCAGGAACCAGGGAUCUGCCCUCUGUAACACCUUGAACUUGUCUGAAUAGGAUGGCUUGGGCUGACCUCCAUCAGAUUGUUGCUGUAGAAGAAUGAUUUUCUUCUAAAGCUCCAGUAUUUUCUUUGACUAUUGACAAUUCCUCUGGAACCUGGCCUCUAAUUAGUUUUAGACGACAAGGUCUUAAGGAGAAAUGAAAUUAUCGAUUUGAGCAAUUUGUACCUGUGAUUGUAAAGUCGAUAUCAGAUUUUAUUGUUGGGACCACUGACUUACCUUCUAUUGUUUGUACGUUGUAUCCUUGUCCUGAUGACGUAGAUGCUGCUGACCCUCAGACGGAUUGCACGCUGCAGUCAGGGCUUAACGCAAGAGCCCA